AUGUCAUAUUAAUUUGGGAUCAAUUAAUUAUAGAGUACAACAGUUCCAAAUGCAAAGUAUAAAACAAUUCUUUGCCGACACUAUUAAGGUAAGAGAAAUGAAUAUAUAAAAAAGCAACAAAAUAAUGUGCCAUAGGUUCAAAAUGUUAAUUUGCUCAUGGAAUAGAAGAAUAAAGACAAAUGAAUGGUAAAAGAUUUUUUAAAUGUGAUAAAAAGAUCCUUUGCCUGCUUCAGCACUUUCAUCAAUCACUACUGCACCUUAAAUUGCAACAAUCGAAUAGCAAUAAAAAAAUUAAUCACCUUUGUUUAAAAGUAUGGAAAAUGAAUUAAAUAAGUACCUUGUAAAUACCAUCAACUAAAUUUUUGUAAGAAUGGUUCAGGGUGCCAAUAUGUGCAUGGUAUGAAAUAUAUUAUUUUAAUUAAAAUAGAUUCUGAUGUACAAAUGCAACCCUAACAAUAAUAACAGCAGUAACAACAACAACAAUAAUAAUAAUAAUAAAUGUUAAUAUUAUAACAAUAACAGCAAUAAUAGCAGCAAUAACUAUAAUAGCAAUAACAGCAACAAUCAGUCUAAUCGUAAUAGUCAGUAGAUCCAAUGGCGGUAACCUUAAAUUAUAUCUUGAUGGAAAUGUAGCAAAUCUUUGUUUAAGAUGUGAGAUAAUAAAAUUAUAUCUAGGAUUUACAAUAAAAGAUAAGGUUUGCAACUGAAUAUGUGAGAUAAGGAAAUUUUACAUCAGCCUGUGACUAGAUUAAAACCAUAAUACACUCAUCAGACAGGACAGUUGAUGAAAUUCAAUAAUAUACAUUGUUAUAUAAUUAAUCAGUAGCAUAUUACAAAUAACUAUUAUAACAAUGA